UUAUCACUAUCAGUGUACAACCUGCUUAUCAUUCGAACGACACGGACCAGCGUAUCAGAAUACAUUCUUCAAGAUGCCGUGCUGCAACGUAACUGUCGAAAAGAACCGUCUCUGUGACAUGAAGUGUGACAAGGCUGGAUGCGUCUGCAUUCCCACUGAUGGGAGAUCUUGCAUCUGUGUGUGCCAAAAUGAAGAAGGGAAGUUCAUUCGCUGCGAUGACUGUAAAUGCACAAAGAGUCAAGAUUGUAAUUGCAAAUGUGACAACUCUAAUUGCGUUUGCAUUACAACCAAAGGAGCUGCCUGCAUUUGUGUUUGCCGCGACGAGAAAGGAAACAUAACAUCCUGUGAUGACUGCACUUGUUACUCUGAGAAGAGUGACAUAGCUACGGGUUGUGACAAGAAGUGUGACAAGGCUGGAUGCGUCUGUAUUUCGACAGGUGGAAAAUCCUGUAUUUGCGUAUGCCAAAAUGAAGAGGGUAAGUUUAUUCGCUGCGAUGACUGUAAAUGCACAAAGACUCAAGACUGUAAUUGCGAAUGUGAUAACUCGAAGUGCGUUUGCAUUGCAACCAAAGGAGCUGCCUGCAUUUGUGUUUGCCGCGACGAGAAAGGAAACAUAACAUCCUGUGAUGACUGCACCUGUUACACUGAGAAGAGUGACGUAGCUACGGGUUGUGACAAGAAAUGUGACAAGGCUGGGUGCGUCUGCAUUCCGACAGGUGGAAAAUCCUGUAUUUGCGUGUGCCAAAAUGAAGAAGGGAAGUUCAUUCGCUGCGAUAACUGUAAAUGCACAAAGAGUCAAGACUGUAAUUGCGAAUGUGAUAACUCGAAGUGCGGUUGCAUUGCAACCAAAGGAGCUGCCUGCAUUUGCGUUUGUCGCGAUGAAAAAGGAAACAUAAUAUCCUGUGAUGACUGCACUUGUUACUCUGAGAAGAGUGACAUAGCUACGGGUUGUGACAAGAAGUGUGACAAGGCUGGAUGCGUCUGUAUUCCGACAGGUGAAAAAUCCUGUAUUUGCGUAUGCCAAAAUGAAGAGGGUAAGUUUAUUCGCUGCGAUGACUGUAAAUGCACAAAGACUCAAGACUGUAAUUGCAAAUGUGAUAACUCGAAGUGCGUUUGCAUUGCAACCAAAGGAGCUACCUGCAUUUGUGUUUGCCGCGACGAGAAAGGAAACAUAACAUCCUGUGAUGACUGCACUUGUUACUCUGAGAAGAGUGACAUAGCUACGGGUUGUGACAAGAAAUGUGACAAGGCUGGGUGCGUCUGCAUUCCGACAGGUGGAAAAUCCUGUAUUUGCGUGUGCCAAAAUGAAGAAGGGAAGUUCAUUCGCUGCGAUGACUGUAAAUGCACAAAGAAUCAAGACUGUAAUUGCAAAUGUGACAACUCGAAGUGUGUUUGCAUUGCAACCAAAGGAGCUGCUUGCAUUUGUGUUUGCCGCGAUGAUAAAGGUAAUAUAAUAUCCUGCGAUGACUGUACUUGUUACUCUGAUAAGAGAGACGCAGCUACAUGCUGUGACAAGAAAUGUGACAAGGCUGGAUGCGUUUGUAUUCCAACAGAUGGAAAGUCUUGUAUCUGUGUGUGCCAAAAUGAAGAAGGGAAGUUCAUUCGCUGCGAUGACUGUAAAUGCACAAAGACUCAAGACUGUAAUUGCAAAUGUGACAACUCGAAGUGCGUUUGCAUUGCAACUGGUGGGAAAUCAUGUGUUUGCAUCUGCAAGAAUGAGAAAGGAGAUAUUGUAAGUUGUGCUGACUGCAACUGUGCCAGCGCUGCCUGCGCAAGCACAUCGAAAAAUUAAAAAAUAUAUCAACUAAUAUGUAAUUUUUCAAUAAAUGUAAUGCAAACUAUGCAAACAUUAUUAGUAAUAUAAAUAAUACAAUAUGUUAUAUUAUUAAUAAUGUAUGCAUAAUUGUAUUUUCAGUUUUGACAUAACAAAAUAUAAUAUUGUAAUAUUUAAUGGAACUUUUGGAUCGGGUAGGAAUAAGAUUUUUCUUCAAACUAGCACACUGUUAAUUGUAUUUAUUAUUAUAACUAUUCAUAUUCUUCAACUUAUAUAAUUUAAUGUAAAACUAUAAGGAAGAAACUAUAUAUUGUUUAUUUAAUAAUAGAACAUCCACAUUGUUUAAUUUACGUUUUUUGUAAUUUAUAUCA